UCACAACGCACCAAAGGAAUAUACAUCUAUUUGUUUCUCUCUCUCUAGAGGUUUCGUCAUGAAAGGAGUUAAAUCUAAGGCUGGAGCUGAUUCCAAGCUUGGAGUAAGGAAGAAGGCUACGGAGACGAAGAAAGCGAAGAAAGUCGUGAAGGAUCCAAACAAGCCUAAGAGGCCUCCAAAUGCCUUCUUCGUUUUCAUGGAGGAGUUUAGGAAGACGUACAAGGAAAAGCACCCAAACAACAAAUCUGUUGCCGCUGUUAGUAAAGCUGGCGGAGACGCGUGGAAAAAAUUGUCAGAUGCUGAGAAAGCACCUUACCGGGCAAAGGCUGAGAAAAGAAAGGCUGAAUACCAAAAGAACAUGGAUGCCUAUAACAGAAAACAGGCUGGUGAUGCAGAAGAGGAGGAAUCAGACAAGUCAAAGUCUGAGGUUCAUGAUGAUGACAAGGACGAUGAUGGAAGCGAAGAGGAGGAGGAGGAUGAUUAAAAACUGAACAGUUGUUGAAUUGCAGAAAAUUAUGGCAAAGUUGAUGUAGGAAUCCCUUUCAGCCCUUUCCUUGAUAAAUAGAUACCCUCUUUUUA